UGUAUCACUCAUCUCUUUUAGAACCCCACACACGUGGCUAUGCUUCGCCAUUCUUGGGCCCUAUUCCAGCUGUGUCGACAUUGAGUCAAUUAUUUGUUGAUAAAUGAUAACGAACAUAAUCGAGUAACUUAGUAACAUAAUCGAGUAACUUAGUAGUAUUUUUUUACGCAUUUUUUUAACGCAGUAAAAUAGCAUAAUCUGUUGUAGCUGCUAUCAGUGACAACCCAAAGCAAUGUGGAAGUGAAAGUCAUGAAAAUCAACCGUGUGAUGCAAACAAAAGCAACGCCUUUUGCACGAGGACAUUUGUCAGUUUACAUAGCUUUGCAAGAAUGUGGAUGUAAAUGUUCCUUCUUUCAAUUUAUUUUUAAAAUCCGAUUUUUUUUUUUGCAUAUAGCAGCUGGUGAGUCCACAGGACAGUCUUACGCAGCGUGGUAACCGGAACACAAAGCUGUUCCACUGAAGCAGGGUGUAUCACAUCAUCAUCAGAGCAUCAGAGUGCAUUCUGCUGUAUGAAUCUGAAAGUCAUUUGGCACGUUUCCUAUAGCCUAUGUGUCGCAAUCGACCCCGCGGAUCCACCUCUGACAAGCCGGGACAAAAAUCAGCUCCAGGCUGCUGCUGCUGAAUCGACCGUCUCAUUUGCGCAGCUGCAUAUCCUACUUUUGUAAAAACAGGACAGGGUUGCGCAGGAUAACAGUGCGUUUACCGCAACCUCCCCGACACUGGCACUCUCCCUCGGCUGCAGCAGAGGAUACCUGGACCUUGGAGCAGAGGCGCAACAAAGGGGCCGAUAACGGAGGAAGCGCAAUGACUUUACAGUGAUUCUUAUCGUGGAGAUAAGGGUAGGUAGGUGGACCUGUUAGGAACGGGCGAGCUAAAGCAGCUAUAGUAGUGCACAGAGCUGCGCAGUGGUAGCGGGGCUUGGUCAUGGUUGGACGGGGACUUUGGGUAUGUAAGCCCCGGUUUGGAAAGCGAGGGAACAGACACGGGGCUUUGCCUGUCCUGUGCGCCGCUGCAGCGAGCCUAUCCCUGUUGGCUCUGUUUUUCUUGGACUUUGUCGAGUUAUGGGUCACCUCCAUGAGGAUGAACAAGGUGGUGGAGCCGCACGCAGGCAUCAUCCCCCCGCAGAGCGUCGCCCCCACCAGACCCGAGGAAUUCCUCCUCAUGCCCAGCCCGCUCGUGUGCCAGCGGGCCAAGCCUUACCUCAUCACCAUGGUUACAUCGGCCCCUGCCAAUCAGAGGGCCCGCCAAGCCAUUCGGGACACCUGGGGAGGGGAGGUAGAGGUGAGGGGCCUGCGAGUCAUGACCCUGUUCAUGGUGGGAGUGGCGUCUGACCCUGGACUCGCCAAGCUGCUGAUAGAGGAAGCUAGAGAGAGGGGGGAUCUGAUUCAAGGGCGUUUUGUGGACACCUACUCCAACCUCACCCUGAAAACCUUGUCCAUGCUGAGCUGGGCCCGUCGGUUCUGCCCUCAGUCCCACUUCAUGGCCAAAGUGGACGAUGAUGUCCUGUUUAAUCCCAGUGCCCUGCUGCACUUCCUGAAUAAGAGCCGUAACCCUUAUGAACAAGGAGACUUGUACCUCGGCAGGGUUCAUCUCCGUGUGGCACCGGACCGUGACCCAGAUAGCAAGCACUACCUCCCUUCAGGGGCGUACCCCCCCUCUGUCUUUCCUGACUAUUGCAGUGGUACAGCUUAUGUCCUGUCCCGCUCUGCAUUGCUCAAAAUCUCUCUGGCAGCCUCUGCAUCACCUUUAUCCACCCCUCUGCCCCCCGAGGAUGUGUUUUUGGGUUUGUGUGCCCGGGCAGCUGGGGUCCUGCCCUCACACUGCCCUCUCUUCUCUGGAGGCCCUGGUGUGCCAUAUGGGCGCUGCUGCUAUCAGGCCAUGGUCUCUAUCCACCACAUCUCACCAAAGGAGAUGCUGCAUUACUGGGCUGACGUCCAUCCUUCCCAGCCAUGCUCCUGGCUGACUCUGCGAGCUUCUCUGGGGAUGUGCAAAGUCAGGGCUAUGCUUGGGUCAGCUCUGGGGCUGGAGCAGGGGCUGUGAGGACUUAUGUAAGAAGGAUAACAGGACUAGUUGGGGCUGUGCCUCGCUUUAAUACUGUGAACAGCACAAGUGCUCUUCAGGCUGUGAAGCUACACUAUGUGUACGAGGAAAAAUGUCACCUUAUUUUUAUAGCUUUAUUUUUUUAAACUGUUAAGUGUUCAGUGGCAUUUUUGCAGAAAAGGAAGUGAUCAGCUGGUAUUCUGAGAACGCAUCACAGUAGUCUUGAACUUAUUCUUAGACUGUUAAAGCAUCCUUCAUUAUUACCCUUACACAUAACGCCAAUAGCAAAGAUAUUCAAGCACCAUCAGCUCCAUACCAAUAGGUAUUAUGACAUCUGAGUAUUGAAUGACACCGAGCAGUUGUUACAGCUGUAGAUCUGUGCUGCUAACCCUGUAUGGCAAUAAUAGUGCUCCCCUUUGAAACUUAAAACCAUGCAUACUCUACCCUUUGCUUGACUAGUGGGUCUUUCCACGCUAAGAUAUUGCCAAAUUGCUGAUAUUUUGCUGACUCUUACUAAUCUCACAUUGUUUGCAAGCACCACAGUGUUGUUGUUACAUGGCGUCACAUUGUAAAUGACCUAAAAUUAGCUUAACUCGUCUGCUCUGAAACAGAAACAGCCAGCAAGGAACCCAAGUACUUGGGUGCUGUAAAGGAAAACUGACUUCUUGUAGAAUAAGCUGUGGUUUUUCAAGGCGUAUCAGAUUGUUACACAGAUUGUGUAUGCGCCAUACCUGUCCAUGUUUUACAGCAGAAUCAUGGACAUUUCUGAUACUGGUAUAGGAACCUUAUUUUACAAUGAAUGCACACAAGACUGAGUAUUUCUAUAAACACAAUAAAUCUUACACAUAAGUGCUGCUACCUUCAUAUUUAUAACAUAUAUGUAAUCUUUCACAGGUACUUGGUAGAUGUUAGUCUAAUAAAAUGCCUAAAUGCAUGAUAGUCCAGACACAAUAGAUAUCAAACCACUUGCUUCUGAUACCUUGUGAAAAGGAGGUAAUGUGUAUCAGCUUAAACCUUCAUGUUCAAAACAGAAAAAAAAAAUAGACUGCAGAAGAAGUUUUGCUUCUUCUCUUGGGAGGUUCAGUUACUCAGCAGGAUGAUAUCAAAAGACACCAAAUGUAACCAUGAAACAAAAAAAAUGCAAGCACUGAUCCCACUGAAGUAUUUGUUACCUGUAGUAGUGAGGUUAAACAUUCAGUUGAGUAUGAAUGGAGCCUCUGUUUAGUUCUGUUGACUGGGUUUGGUCUGAAUGCUUUUUUUAAAAGGAAUCUUAAGUGUUCAGAUAAAGCUUGAGAUUGUGUUGUACACCCACAAUGUAAAUACAGAGAAAGUGUUUGCCCUCAGGAAACGUGUUAUGAUCACCAAUAAACCACUCCGGAUCUUAAAUUAA